CCCACAGUAUUUUACUCAGUGUUACCAGCAGAAGUGCGUAUGUUGCAUUCUCUCGACGAAAUGGAAAUGGGACGCACUUCCUCUGAAGGGGUUUCGCAACAUAUCCAGUAAGAGCUUUCCAUAUCAGGAAGUGUGAGUUCACUUUCCCACAGAAUAGCACGUAGCUGAGUUCAGUAGUUGUUUUCGAAGAAAGUGCGUGCAAUACAUCGUUUCAGGAUGGAGUUAAAGAGGCGAGUUGGCGACAGGGUGUGUUUGCUGCUUAUUCUAGGACACAUUGCGACUGCAGUAACACUCUCUGGUUCCAAUAAUACAGUAAGCCAAAAUCUUGAAUGUACCAACGACUUCGACAAGUUGAUGUUUUGCCAGUUUGAAGCGCAAAACUGCACUGAGUACCAUUUAACUGUCCUGGACACCGACAGCAUGGAGGUGAGGUGCACUUUCAAGCAGUGUGACAGUGGCCAGUGUUGUUGCUCUCUCCAAAUGUUAAUUAUUUAUGGCUGUUCUCAUAAUGCAACACUUUGGAAAGGAGGUGAAAGCAUGGGGUCCAAAAUCAUCAACAUCAUUGACAGCAUAAAGCCCAAAACCCCGACAAUCACGUCAGUGAAAGAAUCCUAUGGGAAUUUUCGAGUCAUGUGGAGGACAAACAUAGAAGGCUAUUUCAAUGAGAAAUUGACAGCCAAUGUGACUUAUCAUAAGAAAGGAGACACAGAAAUGGUAUCUGAAAAGGUCCCACGAACUACAGUUGAUGGUUUUAACUACCAUGAAAUACUUGGUCGACACUUGGAGCCAAGUACAACGUAUGUGGUUAGCGUGAAAAGCUUCACAAACUGGAGCAACCGCUUCAGUGACAGUAGUAAUGAGGUGGAAUUCACAACCCGUAAGUGUCGUCCUAAUUUGAUUAGGUGCGAUAUUCACAACCCGUAA